UCAUGUUCCAACAUAACUCAGACGGACACUUUGCCAAACAUCGUAGUCUGACUGUCUGAGUCUCUCCUCCAAUAAUUCUUUCUCCUUUUAUGCUCCUUUUAACCUUCUCAUCCUCCUCUUCAUCAAUUUAAAACCAAUUUAAGCCCACUUCAAUUUCAAUCCGACCAAAAAAUUCUCCUUAAUAUUCUCAGCCAUGACUAUCACUGAAUUGAAAGAUCAUGUAGAUACAAAAAUUUCUGCUGUUAUUCUUGAUUUGGAUGGUACCCUUUUGGAUACAGAGAUAGCGACUAGAAGUGUUUUGAGUGAAUUUUUGGCGGGUUAUGGGAAAGUUCUGAUUACUGAUAAAGAGCAUGGGAGAGUGGGAAGAACACAGAAAGAAUCAGCUGCUGCCAUUGUUAAGAAUUAUGAGCUUCCCCUUACUCCGGAACAAUUUAUUGAUGAAAUUACUCCUUUGUAUCGUGCCAAGUGGAAAGAUUCCAAAACACUUCCUGGUGCCAAUCGUCUCAUUCAACAUCUCCAUAAGCAUGAGAUCCCGUUUGCUCUUGCCUCAAACUCUCUGCGAGAGUAUAUAGAUGCCAAAAUCUCCUAUCAAAAAGGUUGGAAGGAGUGGUUCGCUGUCAUUCUUGGAAGUGACGAAGUUCUAUCAGGGAAACCAUCUCCAGACUUGUUCCUGGAGGCUGCAAAAAGAAUCUCAGUGGAUCCCUGUAACUGCCUGGUGAUAGAAGAUUCUUUGAUAGGCGUUAAAGCUGCAAAAGCUGCUGGAAUGAAGGUAGUGGUUGUCCCAUCUCAAUCAGAGGUCGAUGCUGUUGCCUUGGCAGAUGCCAGUCUUCAUUCACUUUCAGAGUUCCAGCCCGAGUUGUGGGGUCUGCCUUCUUUUGAUGAUUGUACAUGGUCUCCUAGGUGAUGAUCUCUAUAACUUCUAUAUACCUUAUUCCCCACAUUAGACCACUGGAACAAAAUGAUGCAUUACCGGUUGAUCCAAUUUACUAGGAAGGCCGACGACAAGUUGGUGGAUUUCUUGCUGAAUUUUCGGGUUCAGAUUAAUACUCUUAUAUCCGUCGUUGGCACUUUGAAGUGUACAUAUGAAAACGUCUAUGUAGAUCAACUAUUUUUUUUUGUCUAUCUAUGAAAUGUGCCGAUUUUGGGAAGUUAACUACCAACACUGUCUUUCCUAUAAUGUUAGUAUGUUACUAUGGGUCUACGGCAAUGCAACUUUCUGAAACAAUUGGAUCAUGUAAAUGAUAUGUGUUCUGUUAUUGUA